AUGCCAGAGCUGGAGGUGCCACAACCACACCCAACCAUACCCCACAUCACCAGAAGAGCCAUGACCACGCCCAGCUGGCUCUACUUCACCAGCUGUGCCAUAACCUCACCCCACAUCAUCGCGGCCACACCCAACCAUGCCCAUGUUGCCAACCCAGUGCCACAGAAGAGAAGAGGGUGGGACUUGGCCAGAAGUGGUGAAAUUUGUUUCACUUUCUUUUCGGGACAUUGCCUCGUGCCCGUUGUCUUGGGGGAAAGAGCCAGCAUAGAAAAGACCCUGAGAUCCCACCUGUUCGACACCGUUAGAGAGCUGGGCGAGUCGGACUUGAAGACACUUAAAGACAAGCUGAACAAUUUCCAGCCCAAGGAAGGUUAUAACCCCAUCAAAUGGGGAGAGCUGGAAAAAGCAGGCGCCGUAGAAAUUACUCACCUGCUCAUCAGCUACUACAAGGUGGAUUACAUGGUGGAGGUGGCCAGGAAGGUGCUGGAGGACAUGGACAAGAAGAGCUUGGCACACAACCUGUUCCAGGCCACAGGGAAGGCUACAGGUGGCACCCAGCAGACCCCAGCUCCGACCAGCAGCACGCAGACAAGAGUCACAGGUGUAGCUGCCCCCAUGUCCAGGGAACACAGGCCAGGCUCAGCCAGGGCUGGAGACUCAGGUGUAGCUGACCCCAUGCCCGGGAAACACAAGCCAGGCUUGUCCAGUGAUGAAGACUCGGAUUUGUUACGUCGCUUACAAGCUUUAAAAAAUAACACCAAUGUCACGGAGCCACAGAAUGAUGUGAUGGCCCCCGCUUUGGAAACACCUCAGUGAGCCAGACCCCCUUGGGGCAUCUCUACCUCUUCCUCCAGGGAGUCUCACCAAAUGCUGAACUAAACCCUUCCCAGUUGAAGGCUUUUUUGUCACACAGCAAAAAAGAUGCCUAACACUGGCAUGAAGACCUUACCCGGCUGCUCUACCUGCUACGGACAGCCCAGGGAACCCAGAGCCUUCUCAGUCGUACCAAGUGGCCGUGAGAUUGCAUUCCAUAUUUUUAGUCAAUAAAAGGGGGCAAUUGUUUUAAUACCGAGAA